AAUGAAAAUGUGCUAGCUUGUUCAAAAGCAUAACAAUCAACUUGGCUUCAGUGAAGAAUGGAGUUUGAUACUUAUCCCAUCAAUCGCUGCUCCAAAAGGAACGAGAAGAUUUAUCAAGAAUGGUUUAGUUCUGCUGAUUCGGAUGGAGAUGGACGUCUCAUCGGAAAGGAUGCCACCAGCUUCCUUGCAAUGUCAAACUUGCCUCGUGAAGAUCUCAAGCAGGUGUGGGCAAUUGCAGAUUCGAAACGGCAAGGAUAUCUUGGUUUUAAAGAGUUUAUAACUGCAAUGCAGUUGGUCUCUUUGGCUCAAGCUGGCCAUGCUGUGACAAGUGAUUUCUCAAAUGCUGACGUUGACUUCGAGAAUUUACAGCCACCUACAAUGGAAGGUCUGGACGGACUUCUCGCUAAGAAGAAGCGCGUGGCCAAAUGGGUACCUGACGGUAAUGGCAGUCUUACGCUAUCUUCCCGAGCUAAUUGGUUUUCAUCGUCAAAAUCUGCAAAGAAGGUGAGUGUCCCUUCAAACUAUGUCACAUCAAUAAUCGAUGGACUGAAGAAAUUGUACGCCAAAAAACUAAAGCCACUGGAAGUUGCAUAUCACUACAGUGAUUUUGUCUCUCCUUUAUUGGCAAAUAGUGAUUUUGAUGCCAAACCAAUGGUGAUGCUUUUGGGUCAAUACUCCACUGGCAAAACAACCUUCAUUAAGCAUUUACUCAGAUCUAGCUAUCCAGGUGCUCAUAUUGGACCGGAGCCUACAACAGACAGAUUUGUUGUCGUCAUGAAUGGACCUGAUGAAAGAAGUAUCCCAGGGAACACAAUUGCUGUUCAAGCAGAUAUGCCAUUUAGUGGUUUGACAACUUUUGGAACGGCGUUUUUGUCAAAGUUUGAAUGUUCUCAAAUGCCUCAUCCUCUGUUAGAGAAUAUCACAUUUGUCGAUACACCCGGAGUGUUAUCAGGGGAAAAGCAACGAACACAGAGGAGCUAUGAAUUUACGGGGGUGACGUCCUGGUUUGCUGCUAAAUGUGAUCUCAUUCUGCUUUUAUUUGAUCCUCACAAACUUGAUAUUAGUGAUGAAUUCAAACGUGUGAUUGCAUCUCUUCAAGGACACGACGAUAAGAUUCGUGUGGUAUUGAACAAAGCCGACAAAGUUGAUACCCAACAACUUAUGAGGGUUUAUGGAGCUUUGAUGUGGUCUUUAGGGAAAGUUCAGAAUACCCCUGAAGUAUCACGUGUCUACAUCGGAUCAUUUAAUGACAGUCCUAUAAAUGAGGAUCUCACAGGGCCUUUGGGGAAAGAACUUUUCGAGAAGGAACAAGAUGAUCUCCUUACAGACCUGAAAAACAUACCGAAAAAGGCUUGUGAUCGCCGUAUAAAUGAAUUCGUAAAACGCGCUAGAGCUGCAAAGGUACAUGCUUAUAUUAUAAGUCACCUGAAAAAGGAGAUGCCCGCUAUGAUGGGCAAAUCUAAGACACAGAAAAGACUGAUCGAUAACUUGGCUGAUGAAUUCGUAAAGAUUCAAAAAGAACACCAUCUACCAGCUGGGGAUUUUCCAGAUGUUGAACAUUUUAGAGAAAUUCUGAGUGGUUAUAACAUUGACAAGUUUGAGAAAUUGAAACCCAAGUUGAUACAAGCUGUUGAUGACAUGCUUGGUUAUGACAUCCCUGAACUUCUCAAAAAUUUCAAGAAUCCAUACGAGUAACUAGGUACGUAGAGUACCGAGUUAUAUCUGCAGUGACGAAGCCAGAAAUUUAUACAAAGAGAUUCAAAUAAUACUAAUCACACAUAGGAUUUGAACUUGUGACUCGAAGGCGACUUAAGGGAUGCAACAGUUCACAUAUAACCAAAAAUAUUUGUUUUUAA